AUGUCGUCCGAGACCGUCCACGUCCCGCUCAACGUGCUGGACCACCUGCACCGGCCCAACUACGUCAAGCUGUGCUACUACUUCUCGCUCCAACCCGGCACGACCCCGCUGGAUGUCUUCGAGGACCUCGGCAAGGGUCUGCACCAGACCUUCGUGCAGGUGCCGUGGCUCGGGGGCAAAGUCUUCCGCCAGUCCCCCGACACGCCGGGGUACCGCCCGGGGCAGCGGGAGCUGCGAUACAACCCGGCGACGGCCGCGCCGGUGGACGGGCCGCUGCCGCACCAGCUGCGCUUCAACGAGCUGGAAUCGGACUACACGUUCGCGGAGCUGCGCGAGGAGGGGUUCCCCAGCGACGCCUACGACGACCAGGAGCUGCUCAACGUGCCCAUCGAGGGCAACCUGGACACGGGCUGCGACGUCUUCGUGGCGCAGGCCAAUUUCAUCCCGGAUGGGUGCGUGCUGUGCAUGUCGACCUGCCACGCCGCCAUCGACGGGACCGCCAUGGUCACCGUGAUGAAGCUGUGGGCCGAUAACUGCCGCAGCGUGUUCGACCCCUCAGAAAUCCUCGAGCCCUUCCCCGCCGAGAGCUCCGACCGCACCCUCCUCGACAAGCUCUGGGUGCCGCCCAAAUCCGGCCCCAUCGCCCUCCACGACGCCGACGCCUGGACGCGGGGCCUGGUCGGCCUGCGCCCCAGCGAGGGCUCGACGACCCCCAUCGACUUCCAGAACUGGUUCGGCAACGAGCACCCCAAGCCGCCGCGGCAGAUGAAGAACCGCACCUUCUACAUGUCGGCGGCCAACAUGACGGCCCUGCAGAAGGAAUGCGAAGCCUCCGCCACGGCCGAAGACAGCAGCACGACCACCGGACCCCUCAGCGGCAACGACGUGGUCACGGCGCUGAUGUGGCGCAGCCUGGUGCGGGCGCGGGCGGCGGCGGCGGACGAGACGCUGGACGAAGAGUCGGUGCUCGAGUCGGCGAUCGACGGGCGGAUGGAGUUCUCGCAGGCGGUGCCGGCCAGCUACCUGGGCAACAUCACCUUCUACAACCAGUCGGCGAUCCCGGUGGCGGAGCUGCUGGACCCGGCGGUGCCGCUGGGCCGGGUGGCGCGCGCGAUCCGCACCGGCGCCGGCCGCGUCAACAGCGCCAGCCUGCACGAGGCCUACGCGCUCAUCAAGGGGGUCGCCGACUUCGCCCAGCUCAAGCCCCGCUUCCGCCGCACCGCCGGCGCCGACAUGCUCAUCUCCAACCUGCUCCUGUUCCCCGUGGACUCGAUCCAGUUCGGCACCCGCCGCUUCGCCAACGAGGGCAAGCCCGAGGCCGUGCGCUGCUUCAACGGGCCCCUCAACGACGUCGCCCGCAUCUCGUUCAUCCUGCCCCGUCGCAGCAAGGGCGGCAUCGAGUUGGCCAUGAACCUGUUCGAGGAGGAGAUGGAUUGUUUGCUCGAGGAUGAGGAGUUUAAUCGGUUCUGCUUGGAGCUUUAG